UGGUGCCAAUUCAGUAGCGAGGUAACAUGGCGCCGACGAUCGCUUCACGUCUGUACUCCCUGCUGUUCCGCAGGACUUCCACCUUCGCCCUAACCAUCGCAGUGGGCGCCCUUGUCUUCGAGCGCGCUUUCGAUCAGGGUGCAGAUGCGGUCUACGAGCACAUCAACGAGGGGAAGCUGUGGAAACACAUAAAGCACAAUUAUGAGAACAAGGAAUAAGCCCUUGCCCCUGAAGAGGGAACGGUUCCACCUAUCAGCUGCUCACCUGGAGCUGGGCCUCAGCCUGAGGAUGAAUUUGAAGAUACUCUUCAUGGACCACCCGUAUAUUGGCAAGCAAUGGCUCCAUCCUACGAACAGACUCUAGCUUCGGCUGUGUUUGAAGUGUGUUUGACUACAGUUAUCAGCAAAUAAAUGGAAAUUGCUCAUGAGA